CCAUCCAGAUAUCAUUACACAUAGAUUUAGAAACAGAAAUCGAUCAUGUCGAUCCAAGUUGGUCCAACUGUUGAGUUACAAAACACCAUGCCCGAAAUUGCUCGUCCAAUGACAAGUUUUCAACCAGGCAUUUCCAUAGAUGAGUUCAUCGACUGUCACUCCCUCGACAGCAUAACUCAUGCCCGUAUGCAACAGCAAAUUGACGAACUGAAAGUAUUAGUGAAGGGAGAAGUUUUCGCAUCAUAUGAUGUUUCUUAUCAGCUGAAAUUAAUUGAUGAAAUCCAACGCCUAGGCGUGGCAUACCAUUUUGAAACAGAAAUAGAUGAAGCACUAGAAAAUAUCUAUGUUAAAUACCAUGAUGAUGGUGAUGUCGACCUAUACAAUGUUUCUCUUCGUUUUCGUCUGCUAAGACAACAUGGAUAUAAUGUUUCAUCUGAUAUAUUCAGCAAAUUUAAAGAUGCAAACGGUUACUUCAAGGAAAGCUUAAUUGUUGAUAUCUUGGCUAUCCUAUGCUUGUAUGAGGCAACACAUCUUAGGGUUCAUGGAGAAGAAAUACUAGAAGAAGCUCUUGUUUUCACCACCACCCACCUUGAAUCAGCGAUAAGUGGUGUAAGCUAUCCACUAGCUGCAAAAAUAUCUCAAGCCCUAGAGAGGCCUCUGCGUAGAGGUGUAGAGAGGUUAUGUGCCAGGAAUUACAUACCAAUCUACCAGGCCACGACUCCGCAUAACGAAACCUUACUGAAACUUGCGAAGUUAGAUUUCAAUCUGGUUCAAUCUUUACACAAAGAGGAGCUUAGUGAGCUUUCAAGGUGGGUGAAAGAACUAGGCUUUGAAAAGAAUCUUCCUAGCGUAAGGCUUAGGAUUGUGGAGGCUUUCUUGUGGAUGGUGGGAAUGUAUUUUGAACCCCGAUACUCGGUUGGAAGAAUAAUCGGAACAAAACUGGGUUUUCUAGCUAUAAUAUUGGAUGAUAUCUAUGAUGCAUGUGGUACAUUCGAAGAACUCAAGAUACUUAGUGAAGCAAUUGACAGGUUUGAUGUCAACUAUUGCAUGAAUGGUCUACCACGAUACAUGCAAGUAUUCUAUCAUUCACUUUUGAAGACUAUGAAUGAAGUUGAGGAAGAGCUAGAAAAGCAAGGAAUAUCGUACCGAGUCCACUACGCAAAACAAGUUGGGUUAUUGUGCAGGUUAGAAUAUCGGGUGAUCGUUAUCGAAGCUGAGGUGGACUUUCCGUCACGUGGGUGUAGAAGGGCGCUCAUACUUGUAGUCUUCCGCUGUGUAGUGAGUUGGUGAGAGUGGUUACAGGUU